AUGGAGGUGGAUGAGUGGGACGAUUCAGAACAGAUCCUGCAUGCUCGCUUUUCUUCUCCUUUGUUACUUGCUCCUUUUUUUGUCUCGGUGGCUUAUGGAAAAUGUACCAGGGUUGGAAGGAUUGAAAUGUGGGAUAAACUUAGAGGCUUGGAUUCAAAGAUGGAUGGUUUUCCGUGGCUCGUGGGAGGUGACUUUAACACAUUUGUGACUGAGGAGGAAAGGCAAGGUGGUAGAAAGAAAAGAACUCGGGAAAUGUCAGAUUUUGCAGAAACUAUUAGUGAUUGUCAACUCCUGGAUGUGGGUGCGGAUGGUCCUAAAUUUACUUGGGCUAGAGGUGAGGUUUUUGAAAGACUCGAUAGAGUCUUGCUUAGUGAGGGGUGGUCGAGCUUGUUUGAAGUCACCGGAGUAACAAACCUUCCCAGAGUUCUGUCUGACCAUUGUCCCCUCUUGAUUGUGUGUCGGCUCCCGGGUCCGAGAGUUAGGGCUGCGUUUCGCUUCCAAAACAUGUGGGUUCGACAUCAUUUAUUCUUGCAAGAGGUGGAUAGGUGUUGGAAAGAGGAGACGGGGACGAGGGGGAUGAUCCAGUUGAAAUUGAGCCGCCUUAAGCGGAGUCUGAAAUUAUGGAACCACGUUGUCUUUGGUAACAUCUUUGAGCGGGUGAAAAUGGCUGAAAUAGGGGCUAAGGAGGCCUUGGAAAAGUAUGAGCUGAACGCUUCUCUGCCUUUGCGUGCAGAAAUGAACAGACUAACUGCUGAAUAUUUGUUAAAGAUGAAAAUGGAAGAGGAUUUUUGGCGUCAGAAGGCAGCCCUUAAAUGGGUCUCCGAAGAGGAGAGGAAUACAAGAUUUUUUCAAGGAUGGGUUAAACAGAAAAGAGUUAAAUCUAGGAUCCACAUGAUUGAGGAUGGCGGGAAAACUUUAACUGAGGAUGGUGACAUUAGAAGCUCGGCUGAAAACUUCUUCAGAACUUGCUCUCUGAUGAUGUGGGGUUAUUGGAAGAACCAAACCUGGAUAUUCUAUCCUCCCUCCCUGGUCAUGUAA